AUGUGUGAUUAUCCUGCUGAUGACAUUUCUUUAUCAGUAUCUAUUUUUCGUCUAGGUGCCGGAAAGUCAUCACUUCUUCAAGCUCUCUUUAGACUUGUCGAUCAGUCAGCCAUCAAUGGAACCAUACUCAUUGACGAUAUCGAUAUUGGACGUCUUUCACUCGAUCAUCUUCGUUCUCAUCUAAGUGUUAUUCCACAAUUACCCAUACUUUUCUGUGGUACACUUCGAUACAAUAUUGAUCCAUUCGAACAAUUUUCAGAUGACGAAUGUCUUACAGCACUUGAAGCUGUUCAACUCAAACAAAUGGUGCGCAGCCAUCCCGAUGGACUCCAUCUGUUGGUAGCUGAAUCUGGUACUAAUUUGAGUGCUGGUGAAAGCCAACUAAUUUGUGUAGCUCGAGCCAUUCUGAAGAAGAGUCAGAUAUUGCUGAUUGAUGAGGCUACAGCAAAUGUUGACUAUGCCACCGAUAGGAUGAUUCAAGAGGUAAUUGCUGACAAGUUUUGUGAUCGCACCAUAUUAACAAUUGCACAUCGAUUGAAUACAGUACUCCAUAGUGAUCGCAUUCUUAUGUUACAACAAGGAGAGGUUGCCUACUUCGAUGUGCCUACCAAUAUUCAUCUAACCUAA